AUGUCUGACCCUGGACGCAAACUCAGGUCCAGCCAUAAUAUACAAUGUGCACAUUCAUUGACACGUCACUAGGUCAGACCUCUAAAGAUGGCGACCGCCUACGAGAAAUUCAACCUGCACACUACCCCAGAGAAGUUUUACAUUGAGGCUUGUGAUGACGGCUCCAAUGAUGUACUGUCCAUUGACAGAGUGUCCACAGAAAUGAUCCUCACCGUGAGGAAGGACAUUCCUCCCCAUGCGGUCACCAGGCCAAUAUGUGGGAUCAUGGGAACUAUCCGUCUGGUGGCAGGCACGUACCUCAUCGUUGUCACAAAGAAGAAAAAGGUGGGUGACCUGUUGGGCCAUGCUGUGUGGAAGGCUAUGGACUUUGACGUUAUCUCUUACAAGAAGACUGUGCUGCACCUGACAGACAACCAGAUGCAGGACAACAAAGCCUUCCUGUCCAUGAUCAACAGUGUUCUGCUCACAGACGGCUUCUACUUUGCUACAGACUACGACCUGACCCACACUCUGCAGAGACUUGCCAACACCAGCCCUGAGUUCCAGGAGAUGAGCCUGCUGGAAAGGGCAGAUCAGCGGUUUGUGUGGAAUGGUCACCUGUUGAGAGAAUUCAUGCCACAGCCAGAGCUGCACAGGUUUGCUUUCCCAGUUGUCCACGGCUUCAUCAUUAUGAAGUCCUGCUGCAUCAAUGGGAAGAUCUUUGACUGGAACAUCAUCUCCAGGCGGAGCUGCUUCAGGGCUGGAGUACGUUACUACGUUAGAGGCAUUGACUCAGAGGGUCAUGCAGCUAACUUUGUGGAGACAGAGCAGAUUGUCCAGUGCAGCGGGGGCAAGGCCUCAUUCGUACAGACCCGAGGCUCCAUCCCCUUCUACUGGUCCCAAAGACCCAACCUCAAGUACAAACCAAAACCUCAGAUCAGCAAAACCAUUGACCAUCUGGAUGGCUUCCAAAGGCAUUUUGACUCGCAGAUUAUCAUUUAUGGAAAGCAAGUGAUUUUAAAUCUGAUUGACCAGAAAGGCUCAGAAAAGCAAUUGGAACAGGCCUUUGACAAAAUGGUGUCCAGCUUGGGCAACGGCAUGGUCAAAUACAUAGCGUUUGACUUCCACAAGGAAUGCAGUCGGAUGAGGUGGCAUCGCCUGCAGAUCUUAGUCGAUAUGGUGACAGAGAUGCAGGAUGAGUAUGGGUACUUCCUGGUUGAUGUGGAUGGGAACGUUCUGGUGCAACAGGAAGGGAUGUUCCGCAGUAACUGCAUGGACUGUUUGGACCGUACCAACGUCAUCCAGAGUCUGCUGGCACGACGCUCACUGCAGUCACAGCUGGAGCGGCUGGGAGUUCUCCACAUGGGCCAGAGGAUUGAAGAUCAGUCCGACUUCGAGAAGAUCUACAAAAAUGCGUGGGCAGACAAUGCCAAUGCGUGUGCCAAGCAGUAUGCUGGCACAGGGGCCUUGAAGACGGACUUCACAAGAACAGGGAAGAGGACACAAUGGGGGCUGGUGAUGGAUGGAUGGAACUCCAUGAUCAGAUACUACAAGAACAACUUCUCAGAUGGUUUCAGACAGGACUCUAUUGAUCUGUUCCUGGGUAACUAUUCCAUUGAUGAGGCAGACAUGACCACACCCCUUCAUGAGACCAAAGACUGGAAGUUCCUCACGUUGCCCAUUAUCAUGGUUGUGGCAUUCUCCAUGUGUAUCAUCUGCCUCCUCAUGGCUGGUGACACGUGGACGGAGACCCUGGCGUAUGUGCUGUUCUGGGGCACAGCUAGCUUCGUGACGGCCGGCGUCAUCCUCUUCAACGGGCGGGAGUUUGUAGACGCGCCCAAGCUGGUCCAGAAGGAGAAGAUGGACUGAAUGUGUGCGUGUGGAAAGCAGCUACGCCCCACAGACUUCUCCUCUUCCUCUUCAUCCCACUCUUCUUCAUCAUCGUACCCUCAGGAUCAGCGGGCCUGGAGCCUGUACUGAUUACUGAGCCAACGGCAUGAGGAAGAGGAGGAGGAGGAUGGGGUGAGAGAAAGGCCAGGUGUAUGAUGUAGGGCUGUGAAGCAUACAGGGACUCGCUCUGCACUGGCCUGCUGCUGUCCACACCACUAAGCACAUUAUUUGGGCUGGGGAAGAUCCCUAACCUUGUCCAUAGACUGACUGUAUAAGCUGAAAACGGUCUGAUUUUAUGAUACAAUACCCCACUACGGUAACACAGUUACCCUUCUGCACGGAAUGCAUAUGAACGGGCACUGCUGUUGUUGCCAUAGCAACCUUGCCAAGGGAACUACUUAAAAAAAAUCUUGCUUUUUUGUUGAUUUGUCACCUAGCUACAUCAUGUCAUAUUUGCUCUGUUGGUUGCCAUAUUGUUUCAGUGUCAUUGCCCCUUAGUGGUCGAUCUGAAGGUAGUGUCUUAGUGUGAUAGCUGACCUAUUGGGUGCCAGUGGCUGUCUGUCAGCCCAGCCCAAGCCAUGAUCCCAAAACUAGGUCACCAAUAGUCAUGGAGAGAAUGUGCUAGCUGGUCAAUGGUUGGUGAGGGAAUGGUCUAGCUGGCCAAUAGGCAGGAAGAGAACGUGCUAGCUGGUCAAUGGUUGUUGAGAGAAUGUUCUAGCUAGCCAAUAGUUGGGGAGAAAAUGGGCUGAACUGUUUCAAUAGGGAACUUUAGUUAUGGUGCCCCAUCACCAUUAAUGCCAUAACUGCCCAUACUAUUCUCGCUCACUGCACUUCUGAGUGCACAGAAACUAAGCGUUUCACAUGAGGAUUGCUCUGAGAUGUGACGAGAGGGAUGUUUGUCUGUGUGGUAUGUCUGGCUGUCAAGUCUUCCCAGGUAUGGAAAGCUUCAUGAAACAGCUGGAAAGACAAAUCCUCAUUAGUUUCUAACAACCAAAAGGUGUGAGAGGGCAUCAAACUAUAUACUAUAGUGAGUAGGAUCUGUCUUUGACCAGUAGACUGUGAGGCCCAGACCUAGGCUAAUAAUGAAGCAUGGAUUUAAUGGUCCAAUGCAGCCAUUUCUAUCUCAAUAUCAAGUCAUUUCUGGGUAACAAUUAAGUAACUUACUGUUAUUGUUUUCAAUUAAAAUGGUUGUCUAGGAUUGUCUGGGAAUGGUUUUGGGGGAGGGGGAAACUGAACUAGCUGUUAUUGGCAGAGAUGUUUGGAAAUCUUUGUUAUUCAUCUUUUAACUAAUUUUUACUGUCUGGUGAUGUCACCAGCAGGUCAAAACUCCAUCCCACCAAAACAGCCUGACAUUUCAGGCGGUCUUUUCAAUAAUUCAAUAAUAAUAAUUUUCACAGUAUUAUUUCCAACCUGGAAAUGUACACU